UCUCCACACCGUCGGGCCACACAUUGAUUUUGAUCAUCUUCUUACUGAACUGUGGCCCAUCUACAAAUCACAGCAUGACGAGCUACACAGAUAAAGGAGAGAAGCAUGAAAGGGGAAGGUUUAUCAAGUUCCAUCAUCUCACUUUCUGGGUCGGCAAUGCCAAGCAGGCGGCCGCGUACUACUGUGAUAAGAUGGGCUUCGAGUCUUGUGCCUAUAAGGGUUUGGAGACCGGCAGCAGAGAGGUGGUGUCUCAUGUCAUCAAGCAGGAUAAGAUAAUAUUUGCGUUUGAGUCUCCGCUUAAUCCUGGAAAUGAAGAAAUGGGAGAACACUUGAUGAAGCAUGGAGAUGGAGUCAGAGACAUUGCAUUCCAGGUGGAGGACUGUGACUUCUUAAUCAAGACAGCUAAAGAGAGGGGAGCUGUAAUCGUCAAGGAGCCCUGGGUGGAGCAGGACAGCCAUGGGAGUGUCAAGUAUGCUGUGGUUCAGACGUAUGGAGAUACAACACACACACUCAUUGAGUACCUUGGACCCUACCAAGGCCUUUUCCUGCCUGGCUACAAAGCGCCUCUGUAUAAGGAUCCUGUGUUAGCCAAACUUCCACCAGCAGGUUUGAACUUCAUCGAUCAUAUUGUGGGAAACCAGCCAGAUGACCAAAUGGUGCCAAUUUCAGACUGGUAUCAGAAUUGUUUGAUGUUCCAUCGGUUCUGGUCAAUAGACGACAAGCAGAUCCACACGCAGUACAGUUCGCUGAGGUCCAUAGUGGUGACAAACUAUGAAGAGACCAUUAAGAUGCCCAUCAAUGAGCCUGCAAUGGGGAAAAAGAAAUCACAAAUCCAGGAAUAUGUGGACUAUAACGGGGGGCCAGGUGUUCAACACAUUGCACUCAACACGACAAACAUUAUUCAAAGCAUAGUGAACCUGCGCGCCCGAGGAAUGGACUUCCUCGCAGCACCUGACACGUACUAUGAAAGCCUGCGGGAGAAACUCAAAACCGCCAAGAUCAAGGUGAAGGAGGACCUCAACCGUUUACAGGAACUGAAAAUCUUAGUUGACUUUGAUGACAAGGGCUACCUCCUCCAAAUCUUCACCAAACCCGUGCAGGACAGACCAACCCUGUUCUUGGAGGUCAUCCAGAGGAACAACCACUUUGGUUUCGGGGCAGGAAACUUCAAGUCUCUCUUUGAGGCCAUUGAGAAGGACCAAGACGCCAGGGGCAACCUCACCGUGCUGACACCCAAAGGGCAGGCCAAGACCUUCUACUGAUCCUCCGACUGCUUAGACUGAACCACACUUAGACUGUUAUAUAUGACUGUACAUUUCAGAGGCAAUCAACACCACAUCUACAAUAAAUCAAACACACUUAUAGAGUGUUGAAUAUCUUCAUGUGACAAGCAGUAAGUGUUAUCAGAUACGCUUUGAGCUGUCAGUAGAUUGGAUGAUAUAUGACUUAAAUAAAGAAACUGAUGUACA